AAUUCCAUCCGGCACAACUUGUCACUCCACAGCCGAUUUGUCAGGGUGCAGAAUGAAGGCACUGGGAAAAGCUCUUGGUGGAUGAUCAACCCAGACGGCGGAAAAGGCGGCAAGGCGCCCCGGAGACGCGCCGUGUCAAUGGACAACAGCAACAAGUACACGAAGAGCAGAGGGCGGGCGGCUAAGAAAAAGGCAGCCCUGCAGACCGCCCAGGAGACGAGCGAGGACAGCCCUUCUCAGCUCUCCAAGUGGCCGGGGAGCCCCACCUCCCGCAGCAGCGACGAGUUGGAUGCGUGGACGGAUUUUCGCUCCCGUACGAAUUCAAACGCCAGUACGAUCAGCGGUCGCUUGUCGCCGAUUUUGGCAAGCACCGAACUAGAUGACGUUCAAGAUGACGACGCUCCGCUUUCUCCCAUGCUGUACAGCAGUCCAUCGAGCUUGUCCCCGUCGGUAAACAAGCCGUGUACUGUGGAGUUGCCUAGGUUGACUGAUAUGGCUGGGACAAUGAAUUUGAACGAUGGACUGACAGACAACCUCAUGGAUGAUCUCUUGGACAAUAUAACACUCCCUCCCUCCCAGCAGUCGCCCACGGGAGGGAUAAUGCAGAGAAGCUCCAGUUUUCCGUAUGGUUCCAAAGGUUCAGGGCUGGGGUCCCCGUCAAGUAGUUUCAACAACGCUGUGUUCGGGCCUUCGUCCCUGAAUUCCCUCCGCCAGUCGCCCAUGCAGACCAUUCAGGAGAACAAGCAGGCCACCUUCUCUUCCCUUUCUCAUUACAACAACCAGACGCUGCAGGAUCUCCUUGCCUCUGAUGCACUUAGCCACAGCGACGUCAUGAUGACACAGUCUGACCCGCUCAUGUCACAAGCCAGCACAGCCGUGUCCGCCCAGAAUUCCCGCAGGAAUAUAAUGCUCCGCAACGACCCCAUGAUGUCGUUUGCCGCACAGUCCGGCCAGGGCGGUCUGGUCAAUCAGAGCCUGCCUCAUCACCAGCACCAGUCCCACAACUCCUCUCUUAGUGGCAGCCGUGCCUUGUCCAAUUCCAUCAGUAACAUAGGCUUGAGUGACUCGAACAGCUUGGGAUCCACCAAACAUCAGCAGUCACCUGUCAAUCAGUCUAUGCAAACACUUUCUGACCCGCUCUCAGGCUCCUCUUUGUACUCCUCUAGCGUGAACCUCCCGGUCAUGGGACACGAGAAAUUCCCAAGUGACUUGGACCUGGAUAUAUUCAAUGGGAGCUUGGAGUGUGACAUGGAGUCCAUUAUCCGCAGUGAACUCAUGGAUGCAGAUGGGCUGGAUUUUAACUUUGAUUCCCUCAUCUCAGCUCAGAACGUUGUCAGUCUGAAUGUGGGGAACUUCACUGGUGCUAAACAGGCUUCAUCACAGAGUUGGGUACCAGGCUGAAGGAUCUUUGAGAACAGGGAAAAUGGGCAAACAGGCCCUCACACUGACAUGAGAUGUAGAGAGAGAACCCUUUUGCCAAAUCUGCUGUCAGCAAGUGGACAGUGAUACUGUUUACAGCUUACGACCUUUGUGAACCCUGCAUUAUUUUCCUAACGAAGCAGACUGUUAAUAGGCCCCUUACUGGAGUGAAGGAUCCUCCUGGUUUUUUGCUUUUUUUUUUCCUCUUUUUUGGGGGGAAAUUGAACUCAUUCUGAAGUAUGCAAAAUCUUCCUUUUCUGGGAUGGCCAAGCACCUGCUGUGGAGACAAUGUUCAGCACCAUCCUGUUGAGAACACACUGUGUAGCCUUUACAGUAGUUACUUGUCAAUGAGUAUGUGGUGUUUCAAUAUAUUAAUGGUUUAUGGGAUGUUUUAAGUUGGCUUUUCUUUUUGGAGGUUUUCCCCGUCUGCCCACCCUCCCCCCUAUGACCUCCAGUUUGAUUUCCUUAGGUUUUUGGCCGUUUUUGCUUUCUCUCCCUGGGGAAUCUGAAGUCCUGC